UUAAACAGGACAAAGCUUCUUUUUGGACUAUAGUCUGAAGAUCCUCCCUUGAUUCUCAAGCACUUCAGUUGUGGACCUCAUUUAAAAAAGCUCCAUGCCUAAAGGGAAGAGAGCAAGUGGAGCCAAAGGUACAAAGAUAACAUUGAAAAUGGCCAAAAAUGCUUUUAGAGUAACUCCAGAUGGCAAACUACGACUUGAUCUGAGCAACGUAGGCAUCGGCACCUUUCCCAAAUGCCUCCUGAAGUUAAGAAACAUCGAAGAACUUGACUUGAGCCGGAACCGAUUGAAAACAAUCCCAGAAUUCAUUAGCCAGCUGACUGGACUGCGUUGGUUAGACCUUCACAGCAACCAAAUCGAACAACUGCCUGAAAGCAUCGGACUCCUGGGGUCUCUAGUCUACCUCAACCUCUGUAACAACAACCUGGACUCUGCUGGCUUGUCGCCUCAAGUAGGACAUCUGAGAAACCUCCAGGUUCUGAACUUGGGAAUGAAUCGUCUAAAAGCACUACCGCCCACCUUGGCUGCCCUGACAAACCUGACAGAGCUGGGACUUUUUGAUAACUUGCUAACACAGGUACCUGAUUGCAUUCAGGUGCUGCCCAACCUGACGAAGUUAAACACCAAACGCAAUCCUGUGGCCUACGCACAGCAAGACAGCAAAGAUUCUGAGUCUGUAAAGAUGAAGGGAAGUCUGUAUUUGUUGAGAGAAGGAGAUUUGUGCAACCCUUGUCAAGAGAGGAGCAGAAGGAAAAAGCUGCUUGAUAGGUCGCAAAGGAAGAUUAAUUUUUCAGGGCUGAUCUCGCCAAACUCGGUAGCUCGAGGUUUUCAAGAAAAUUGGCGGCAAAAGACUACUACCUCACCUCCAAGUUUUCACAGAGAACAUGACAGACCUGCUGGAGACACCAAUAGAUUGUCUUUCAUUAACAAUUUUUAAUACAUAAUGACUAUUUUAACAUUUGAAUCUACUCCUGAAAUGUUACUAAAUAAACUGCAGGUUUUGCAAGGGGGUCCACUGAAUAUUGUUUGAUCUCAAGCUUACUUGUGUGGGGAAAAAGUCCAUUUAUAACAAGUUUAGAAGGUUCAGCUACAGUAGCUGUUUCAUUGUGCCUCCAAAAUUAAAAUGUAAUGUACCAAUGUAUGAAUUUGUACAUCAAUCAUGAUUAAUUAAAUAUGUAAAUACA